GCCGUGCGCUCACUGCAAGGCCAUUCUCAAUGUCCCUCAUGGCUUGGCCAGGUUCACUUGCCCUCAGUGCAACGUUGACCUCGCUGUCGAUUUGUCCAAGCUCAAGCAGUUCUAUCAGCCUCGCCAGACUCCGCCUCCGCCUCCGCCUCCCGAGGAAAUCAACGAGUAUGGCUGCUAUUCCUGCUCAGCUCCCUGAUGAGUUUGGUCCUGGGCCCAUUAACGAUUCGGUGUUAAGGUUUAUAAAAACACAUCGAGCGUGCGCUGUUUGGGAAGGCAAGGAUCCAGGGCCACUGAAAUGCCGCGGUCGUAAUGACGAGUUCUGAAAACGACGCCGGAUAGUGGUGGAUGAUCGUAUCGUCGACAUUGUGAAGAGAGUUGGAUUAGAGGGGCUGUAUAGGACCCCAGGUAGAGAGAUUGAUCAUAACCUGAUCACGGCCUUCGUUGAGCGAUGGCGGCCUGAAACCCACACCUUCCACCUGCCCCAUGGUGAGACAACGAUCACAUUACAAGAUGUGGAGGUUCUUUUCGGGAUUCCAAUCGAUGGUGAGGCAAUUGUUGGAACAACUGACUUGAAAUGGAAGGAUGAAUGUCGGAGUCUGCUUGGAAUUGCUACUAAUAGCACCACGCUUAAAGGACAAAGGAUCCAAAUUAAGAAGCUACUAGAAAAAAUUGACGAAGGGUUGCCCGAUGAUGCAACAGAGGUGGUUGUGCAUCAAUAUGCACGGUGUUAUAUCCUAGCACUCCUGGCAGACACAAUUUUCGCCGACAAGUCUGGUGAUAGGGUGCAUACGAUGUGGUUGCAGAUGCUGAGGAACCUUCGAAAUCCACCUCAGUACAGUUGGGGGAGCGCUUGCCUUGCAUGGCUGUACAGACAGUUAUGCAGGGCAACCGACAGAGGUGCUAGUCAGAUUGGUGGGGCCUUGUUGCUAGUUCAGUAUUGGGCAUGGGUCAGAUUCCCUUUUUUGUGCCCAAGGAUGGACCUCCCACCAGAUGGUGCAUAUGGCCCACCAUUUGCACCUUCUCCAUUGUCUAUUAAGACUGUGUGGGUUGUGAACACCUUGAAUAGCCCCGCCGAAAUCUGUUUGGUCCGGUACCGUCAGCUUUUAGAUUGUAUGCAUCCAAAGCAGGUGGUGUGGCAACCAUAUGAAGCUAAAUUAGCCCACCUGCCUGCGUUUUGUGUCGCCGGAAGGGAUGUAUGGACAGCGAGGGUACCGCUUGUAUGUUUCUGGCUAGUAGAGAAACAUACACCGGACCGUGUUGUUCGUCAGUUCGGGAAGGUACAAGAACCCCCCCUAUAUGUUGAUACUGACGAAGCCCUUCAUGCCAUAGACCUGAGGGGGAAGAUGGAGGUGAAUUGGAGGGACAGACAUUAUGGCCAUAUCCGAGUAUGGGAUAGUCGAGCACGAUCUCCAUGUCCUGGAGCACAACUAGAGGGUGAUAUAUCGCCUGCUCAUCCAUACUUCGAUUGGUACGAUAGGGUGACUUGGAGGUUCGUCGACCACACUUCGGCUUCACUUAUUAUUAUGGUUGCCAGUCACAAGAAGUUGUUGAAACUUUAUACAGUAGGCAGUCAUGAGUACAAGCAUAUUUCAGCUGUACUUAAGACAGUGGAACGCCUUCACCGUAUAACUGCUCGACUUCCGUUGGAAGAUAUCGAUGGGGCAAAUCCAGAAGCGCCAGAAGAUACUGGACGACCAAGCACAAGCUCAACUCAUGCCAGCCAUAGCCAUGGUCAGCGUGCUGCAUCCCAUCAGGUCGUCAGUAGGGCAGAUCUCCCUCCACCCCCACGUGCAUCUCCUGCCCCAGAGUUCCCUCCACCUCCACAUGCAUCUCCUUCCCCAGAGAUCCCUCCACGUACUGCUCAUGCAGUUUCUGACCUAGAGAUCUCUCUACCCACUGCUCAUGCAUCUUUUCACCCCGAGAUCCCUUCACACACCUCACAUACAUUUUUUGAUCCUGCUCAUCUUUCAUUUACUCCACCAUCCUUUGAUCUAGGCCCUGAUUUCAGUCAAACCCCUCCUGUCAUGCACACGCAAUCCCCCUCGUACAGCAUUGGUCAUACAGACCAUGUACCACCCCAUAGUCACUCCAUGUCAUUCAUGCCCACUCCUAGACUGCAUAUAGAUCCCAUGACUACGGGCACUCACAUUUCAUUUGCUACACCAUCCUCCCCCGCAGUUGUUGGGAGUCAAGCAAAACAGCCAGCUGUGUAUGUUGAGAAUGAGCAGGUUGUUGGGUUACAGUCACCCCCACAAGGUCGACCUAAACGUACAAUAAAAGCACCUCCUUGUGGGACAGGUGGUCACAAAGCAGGACACAACGUUGGCCCCACACAUCGUGAGGAGCCUCACGAAGGAGAUGCAGUACCCCCUCCCCCACAUACCAGACACUAUACGAGACAGCAUAAGCGUAAAAUGCAUUAAGAUUAGCAUCCCAUAGAGAUUGUUGAUCUUUCAUUUUGUGGAAGUGUGUCAAAAAUUGGUGGAUUAACUUUUGAUGAGCCUAAUUGAAAUAUCUCUUGGGAAAUUUGUUGAUGAGAAUAAAGUUAAACUGCUGAAAGACAAAGGUUUACCACUAGAAGGCUGUGUUGUUGUUGCUGGGCGCACAGACAAAGGGGUCACAGCUCUUCAACAAAAUUGUGCUUUUUGUAUGAACUAUGAUGCUAUCAUUGUGUGGAGUAAAAGAAGCUAAGAGUGGAGUUCUUGUAGUCUUGCCCUAAAGACAUAUGUUAGUUUGAGAAUUUUUCUUAACUUUUUUGCUAUUGUUACUGAGGUCCAUAUUCAGUUACAUGUACAAAUUCCAAUUGUCUAGUGGAAAUGCCCUUAUUUAGAAUGAUAGAUGCUGUUAUCUCUAUGAUUGUGAUAUAUAACUGCAAGAAUGUUUUUAAAUUGGUUUGACUUCAUUAUAAGGUUUUGAGAGGAAAUUGUAGAUUUGGACUGUAUUCAAUGUUACGUAUGAACUCAUCAAUUAUAAGAUCUCAAAGGCUUUAUGUAAAAGUAACAAGGUAGCUAGGAUAUAAACAUUGUUGUAUGAGCUCAAUGAAGUGCAACACACACACACACACACACAUAAACUUCAUGCAUUUGGACAUUGCUUCAAGUGAGGUAGUGCUGGUUGGCUGUAUGCUCUAAUGCUUUAUAUACAGAACAUGGGAAAGGUGUUGA